AAAGAAAAAAACGAAAUGGAGGCACUGAGGAAGCUUGAACAACUCCAAAGAACUCUUACUUUCAUGGAAUCUCGAAACUUUGUUUCCUCUUCAACUCCCGAUUCGAAUCGCUUCAUCGCCAAUCUCAUCCUUCUCUUAUUACAACCAUGCGGCGAACUCAAUUUCGACACCAAGUGCCAUUUAAUUUCUGAAUGUUUACCAAAAAUUUCGGUUAGCUUUCUGGAAGAAGCAUCAGAAUGGGUUAGUUUGGAAACUGAUGAAAGAGAUUACCAAGAAAUCGAUAUCCCGCCCGAUAAGAAAGAUUGCUUCUCACUGCAGAUAAACCAUGAUGAGGUAGCAAUGGUGGGACUGGAAGCUAUGGAACGGGCAAAUUCUACACUUGAGGAUUUUUGCAGGUCUUAUUUUAUGUUUCAUGGAAUGGACAUAAACAGCCCAAACAUGAUAUUUAAAUAUUUCCCUGUGCUUGAAUUCACCGAAAGCUAUAUUUAUCAGUUAGAUGGUUCGAAUGAGAAGUUACUCACUAUACCAACAGAAGGAGGUCUAGCAGAUGAAUUUGAGAAGGGAAAAUAUCAGGGUUGGGCUGAAACAUUUUCAAACAUGUUAGAAAAGGAUCCACUCAGGCCUCUUUUAAACGUGCUUGAACAACGGAGACUCCUUACUGAGAGGAUCAGAGAAGAACUUAAGUCCGGAGAAGAGUACUGGGCAUUGGAAAGAAAGCUAUGUCGUGCACUAAUAUGCAAAAUGGAGAUCUCUCUUGAAGAUGUUAUGAGGGCAAUUCAUCUAAAGUCUUUUGACUAUCGGGUGUUGAAUCUUCUUCUGUAUCAGUUAAGAGGACAAGAGGUUAAUGACUUGCACAUGGAAUUCUUGUCAGUCUCUGAAUUCCUUGUAGAAAUAUCAGAUGAUCUGUUCGACUAUGAGGACGAUGUAUUCGAGAAUAGCUUCAAUAUUUUGCGCAUGUUUGUCAAAAUAUAUGGACCUUCAACAGCGCCAGCUAUGUUGGCAAAAUACAUAACAGAUGCUGAAGAGUAUGACAAUUUAUUGAAAACUUUGGAUCCUCAGCUCUCCUCGAAAUACCAGAGAAGAUGCGAAGAAGCCACUAAAGAAGGUGGCAAGGACUCAGGACAUCCUCUUGGUACAUGGAGUAUUCCACCUGUGAUCGUAAAUGAGGAUAUUUAUCGAGCGAACCGCCUGAAUACAGAAUGAACAGUCAGAGGUUCACUGAUCUAAUUUAAUCGCCUGAAUCCAGUUUGGAUGGUAGGUUUGGCACUAAUGAUUUGUUUGACUACCUGUUAUGGUUGCCCUAAGAGUCUAUGAAUCUCAUAUUUCUAUUUUUUUUU